UUAAGCGACUAGCUACGAAUAACAAACCCGCCCUUCCGUUUUCAAAAACCCAAAAAAUAAAGAAAAAGAAGAAGAAUCACAUGACUUUUAACACAUAAAACCUAAUAUGGAUAUUAACUCCUACUAGAAAAAAGAAUGAGUAAGUAAAAUGGAAACUGCAGAUAGUGAAAAAAUCAUCACUUUACUAGAAAGACUCAAAACUAGUAGUGAGAAUAUCAGUGAGGAUGAACUGAUAUCUAUAUUGAACGCAACAGUAAAAUCAUGUCAUGUUCCUUGCCGUGAUGCCCCAGAGGAUGUCCCUUAUGAUGCCACAGAGUUUGAAAAUGUGGCAAGGGAAGCAGAGAUGCACCUCUGCGUCCUCCUGCGACUCUUGGACUCCAUUAACAAGGCAAAGAAAGAGGGACAGAAGUUUUCACUGCAGUUUUUAAAGGGUGUCAUUGUUGGUUGUGUGAGUGUAGCCUGUGAAUACCGGGACAGCAGCUGGGAAUGGAGUAACGCGCAGGCAGCUAUAACUUCCAGAGACAUCUUGAACAAACUGUGCGAUUUGUGUGAGUGUGACAACUUGCAGGUAUUACUUACUGGAAGACAAGUUGCAGAAGACAGCAAGGAAGAUGGAGAUGUCAAAAGAAAAGAAACAGAUGCAGCAGACUUUGAAGGUUAUAUGAAAUUUGUGCUGGAAAAACUCUCAGAAUCAUUGAAAAAGACAACCUGGAAAUCCUACCCAGCCGUGAAGAUGGUGUUUCUGUACAUGUUGGAACUUCUUGAUCACAGGAGCAUUAGCAAACACCUGCCGUACCUCCUUCCACCAGCACUUUUCAUCUCGGACGACUGGGAGAAGAGCAAUAAGGCCCUCGGACUCUCAGCUCUGCGUCAUAUUCUAACCAAAACUCCCAGCUCGGAACUUCGAUUUUAUGGACGCGCUGCAGUUAUUUUCGACGCCCUCAAACCUCACCUCUAUGCUAGGGAAGUCGAGGUCUUGGAUGAGCUGUAUCCUACCAUCUUGGAAGCAGCGAAGGUUUUAGAGGCAGAUCCUUCCUAUGCGGGAAAGCUGAGAACUCAAACUCACUAUGAGGUUAUCCUGGAGCAGUUGCUAAGAGAAAUGUAUGGGGAGCAGAAACUGGCACUGCGUUCCCUCUACUCUCGAAUACUUCCGGAGGUGAUAGCAGCUAUGGGGAUAGUGGCAUUGAGAUGGUCACAGGAUCUGAUGGAGAUUUUCAAAGAUUAUUUGGCAACUUAUGAUGGGCAGGAUGCAGAAGACAGAAUCAAUAUCUUGAAGGGCAUUAAAAGGUAUGUGCAAGAGUGCUGGCCACAAGUCCAUGUGAGUGCUGCAGACAUUACAAAGAUGCUAGUGCGUCUGGUUUAUGACGUCACAGAGGAAGACUCUGAUGUGGAGCCGAAGGCAGUAAACAUAAUCAUUCAAGAAACCGAAAUCAUUGUGCAGUUGCUGUGUGAUGCAGCUCCACAGACCAUGCAGAAGGCUUGUUAUGGCAUCACAACAGUUCCAUGUCAUGCCAAGUGCAAGUCUGUUCUGGAGAGAAUUUCUGUAAUUGUGGAAUCCAAAGAAAUAAAACUACAUCAUCGAGCCCGUACUAGAACCUUCUCGAAAUUGUGGAGAUGUAACACUCCAAAUCAACAGCAUAAGGAGAGCACCAAGGCUGCAGAAGCACUGACUUCAUGUGACAAAAACAAAAAACAAAAAAAUGUUUCUGCAAAACUGCUUCCACAGGUUGGGAAUCACAGAUAUUACAACAGAGAGUCAUCAGCACAGUAUGGGGCAUUUGAUGCACCGUUGCCAGAGAAGGAAAGUCCACCAAAGCCCAUGCCAACUACCAGUUUACACAAUGUGGUAAAGGUAGAUCUGUAG